AUGCCUCUGCCCCUCUCUUACCCCGGCCUUCGAUGUGUUUUGGAGCAUUUGGAGGCAGUUAAGCGAGCACAUAUCAUUGGUCGCUCUCCAGGUCUUCAAAAACUAGAUAAAUUGAUUCCUCUAUGUUUGGGGGAGUUCUGUAUUACCAGGGACGAAAUGGCUAUCAACAGAUUAAAAAUUAAAUACGACGAAGAUGAAGUGGAAUUCAAAAUGAAUGACAAAACAUUCAGCCGGAAGGGAAUAGAAAACCGCGAAGACAGAAUGAAGAAAUGUAUCAACUUUUAUAUCUGUGGAAGAUCAAUUGUCAAUGUGAACAGUUUGAGUUGGAAUCUCUAUUCCCUCCAAGAUUCUGUCGCUCUGAAAUUUAGAGUCAAUUCUUUGGGUGCACCUUACUCAUGUUUGCAUAACGCAAUUGUUUUCAUAGACCCUCGUAGUUUUCCUCUAAAAACUGCACUUACUACUAUCAGCAACACCUCAACCUACGACGACCAAGUUGUCAAGUCAGCUGAAUCCCUUACUCUGUUUCUCCUUAAUGAUCGGAUAGUCACUGUUGAAGACAUUAAAAAGUUGAACAACAAGAAAGUGGUAUUAGAACGUAUUCGCUACUCCAGAAUUGAAAUAGUUUCAUUAAUACAAUAUCAUAUUGAAACUAAAAAAGUGACGGAGACCACUUUCAUGAUUUCAACAAAAAGAACAGAUGAUAUCAAUGAGAUGCUAUAUGAGUUUGAACAAACGUUUGGUGAAUACAAAAGUGAUCUGGAUGACGUUAAUGAGAGAUUUAUUCCCGGAUCGUCUAAGUUCUUGAUCCCGAUCAACAACGAGUCUAGAAUCCAAGUGUAUGCAAUCGAGGAUCCAAAAGAAGGUGGUGGAUGGAAAAUUGUGUUGAAACCAGUGCUAGCAGUCUUGGGAUUAUGA